AGGACAGGAGCCGCUCCCCGUCCCGUAAGACCAGCCGGGUGGAGCAGGUAGUGGGACGAUGGCUGAGACUGUCCCGAGACCUAGGCAGCAGGUCUCACUCUCUGGGCAGGUGGUCCUGCAGAUGGUCGGCUCGUCCCUGGCGACCAGCUCGUGAAGAUCAAUAACGUUUCUGCCGAGGACCUGACCCCGGAGCAAGCUGCUGAAAUAAUCAGGGAGUGUCAAGAUGCUUUAUCAAUGACAGUUCUCAGAAUCAUGCUGGUGAGUCUGUUGCAUCUAACAGCACACUUCACAGAAACACAUUUUUCACCAUGGUACACUGAUGGACACUAUUGGAUAAUGGUUGUUGUUUUUUUCUAGCAGCACUUUAGAUGAACUUAAUGUGUUCCUCGUAUCCUGUUUUCCCCAACGUUGUAAAAGCGCACACACACAAUUAAGUCCAGUGUCUCAGCAGGUCAAGGAGGCUACGCCACAUGACAUGAUGUUACACAGAGACCACUCAAUUCACUGCGUGCGAGUGUGAUGAUGGCGUAUGCAUUUGUGUGGGUGGUCCACCUCAAACCUCAUUUAGGAAGUUGACGUAUGUGUUUGCACUGAGUUGAAGUAGAUCAGUAAAUAAAUUCCUGCUUCUCUGCAGCUCUGCUGAUGGAAGCACCUUCAGCAUCUGAUUUACAGCUCCUCCAAGAAAUCAUUGCUGAGCUUUAGGGAUUUAUUAGCAUUUCCCUGAGAAUAUUCAUCUCUGUCACUUGUGUUGAUUGUAACAAAGCAGCUGUGCACCAAGGCCAUGCAUGUUCUAACCAAUGUUUUCUGUACCAUUUAAUGCUUAAAAGUCUCCAUCAGUGUUUGCUACACUUAAAACCUCCACUCAUUUAUAAAUAUUACCCAACUGACUAAUGUACAGUAUUUACAGCUUUUCUUUCCUUUGGUCAGGAAAAGAACAGCUAAAUAUUUAAAUUUAAGGUCUAUGACACAUUAAUUCAAUUUAUACAGAAUCUUUGCAUUGCUCUACAGCAGGGGUCAACAACCUUUAACACCCAAAGAGCCAUUUGGACCUGUUUUCCACGAAAAAAGAAAAGCAUUGGGAGCCAAGGGGAGUUAUGUUUGCAGAACCAGUAAUUGUACAGUAACACCAAAUCAUUGUGGUCAUGGGUUGAUCUAGCUGCUACUGUCAAGAAAAUGUGACUUUAUAUAUAUAUAAGGUCAGUAGUGAGCUUUCAGUGGUGCAAUGGUUAAGGCCAUGAGUGUGUGUCUUGGUGGAGUGCCCGCCAGAUUGAAUCUCGUUACAAUAAUUAUUUGCUAAUUUCACAAUAUUUGAGAACAUUUAACAUUUGAGUUUAAACCAAAUAAGACUCAAAAGACAGGACCAGAGGUUUAAUAUUUAAUUUUUUUUUUUGACAGAAGAUCAUAGCAAUUAAUUUAUUUUCCCAAGCCACUCGCAUCCGCAGUAUAAGGAUGAAAGAGCCGUGGGUUGCCAAUCCCUCUUCUACAGUGAAACACUUAUUGCAAAUAGGACUUUUUUACACUGACUGCUUCCAGGGCCCAAAGUCGUCCUUCAUCACACCAGAGAAGCGGGCCAAGCUCAGGUCCAACCCUGUGAAAGUUCACUUCGCUGAGGAGGUGGAAGUCAAUGGUCACUCUCAGGGCAACUCGCUGCUAUUCCUCCCUAAUGUUCUGAAGGUUUAUCUGGAAAAUGGACAGACUAAAGCCUUCAAAUUUGAGCCCAGCACCACAGUCAAGGACAUUGUGAUGACGCUGAAGGAAAAGCUCUCUCUUAGCCGGAUUGAACACUUUUCCCUGGCACUGGAGCAGCAACACAGCAUCAGUAAACUACUGCUGUUACAUGACGAGGAGCGAAUACAUCAGCUGAUUCAAAAGAAGGAGGCCCACGACUACAGGUGUCUGUUCCGUGUUUGUUUCAUGCCCAAAAACCUGCAAACUCUGCUGCAAGACGACCCCACUGCCUUUGAGUAUCUUUACCUGCAGGGUGUGAAUGAUGUGCUGCAGGAGCGCUUUGCAAUGGAGAUGAGGUGCAACUCUGCUUUGAGACUCGCUGCUCUGCAUAUCCAGGAGCGACUGGCAAGCUGUGGACAGUCACCAAAGACCAGCCUCAAGACAAUCACGAAGACAUGGGGAAUAGAGAAUUUUGUGUCAUCCACCUUGCUGAGGAACAUGCGUGAGAAGGAUCUGAAGAAGGCCAUCAGCUACCACCUGAAGAAAAGCCAGUCGCAGCACGAUCCCAAGCAGAAGGGGCUGUCAGUUGAUCAGGCGCGGAUUAACUACCUGGAGGAGCUGGGUGAGCUCAAGUCAUUUGGAGGGAAGUCCUUCAGUGCAACACUGAUGCUCCAGGAUAGGGAGUCAAUGGUGACGCUGCUGGUAGGAGCACGCUACGGGGUGAGCCAGAUAGUCAACCACAAGCUCAGCAUCCUGUCCACCCUCACAGAGUUCACCAGCAUCACACGAAUCGAGCUGCUGCCUGAGUCUGACAGAGUCAGCCUGCUCAAAAUAUACCUGCAGGACAUCAAGCCCAUCACGUUACUGUUGGAGUCAGCGGCCGCCAAAGAUUUGUCUUGCCUAAUAGCAGGAUACUGUCGGGUGUUUGUUGACUCCAACCUCAAUGUCUUUCCUUGGAUAGAGCACUCCAAGAAGCACAGAGUCUCUGCUGAAGAAGGUUAUGUCUCUCGAUGUUGCAGCGACUCAGAUGAGUCGUCGGACCUGGACAUGGAGCCCUUGGUCGCCAUGGUAUCACACAAUGAGAAGGCUUCCUCUCAUCUCAGGUCCUCAUCAGAUCCAGGGGGAAGCAAACGAAAGCACAGAAUCAGAAGGAGAAACAAAGACAAUCAGGCAAAAGAAGCAAAAUUGUGCCAGGAUGACAACCAAAAAGAAGAAAAAGAUGGUGACCCUGAAAAGGAAAAUUCUCAGCUAGAGAAGAACAAAGAGGGCAAGAAUAAAGAUGCAGAGCGUGAUGGGGACACAGACAAACAGAUAGAAAGGAAGAUAACGAACCAUGAGCCUGGGGGACAGAGAAAAAGUAAGACUGGAAGUAGUAAGGACGGACCCCCAGUAGAGGAGCAGCUGUCUGCAUCAGAAACAUCAGAUACGUGUCAUACUGACUCUCACGUCCUCACGAGCCCCUCCAGCGAUUCACUUGACGCUCUGGAGGAAGAUGAUUUACUAUCGUGUUCUUCAUCCCUCUCACAAACUUGUCUGCACAACCGCUGUCCUGCGCACCUUCACCUUUGUUCUAAAACAGCUCACUCUCACUCCCUCGUAGCCUCUGCUACCCAUGACAGGGGAAUUGACAAAAAGUCCUGUGAUGGAGCACAUGAAUGCCUUGAAAAUGUCCCUCACUGUCCCAACCGUCACUGCGUCCAGGCUUCUUUGGAAAACCCCUGCUCUGAUGACAGCUCCCUCUGCUUUGCCGAACUCUCCCGCCUUGCUGACUUACUGCCCAGCCCUCCAGAGGCCAGCGAGGAUGAUGAGAACGAGGAUGAUGAGCUGAGGAGUAAGAUGUUAAAACAAAUGGAUGCAAACAGCGAGCCUCCAUCAUCUCUUUCCCCGUUCUUCCUUUCCAAUGAGUUUGUGUUCAACUUUGACCAGAGUGACACGCUCUGCUACUACAAACUGUGCUCCAACAUCACCCCUGACAGUGCUCGCAGCCUUUCCCACCCACCGCAUCACAAAGGGGGAGAAGAAAGAACAAAAGUGGGGGAAGAUGAAGACCUAGACAUAAUCCCAAUCCUACAACCGCCUCCUGGCUUCGGGGACAGCAGCUCAGAUGAGGAGUUCUUUGAUGCCAGAGAUCGUUUUACGUCACCUGAAGACCCUACCUCAGGGGCUGUCCCAAGAGAUAAUUGCACAAAGAUGAAACUGGACUCACUCGGCCACAGUGAUGUUAAAGGCUCUGUGGCAGAUGGAAAAGAAGAAGGCAACCAAAAGCAAGACGACAAGAAAGGAGGAGGCAGAGAAACAUUGUUUCAGCUCAGACAAAGGUCUCGCAAGCGGCGAUCCUUCAUGGAAACAGGCUAUACCUCUAUGGUGUCAUAUCCAGUACCAGAUCUAGAUUCAAAGCUGGGUCAGAGUAGGCUGCUUAAAAAAGGCCCUACUGUCUCUUCUCUGAAGCAUUCUGAAGGGGAACCAACUCAGCUCGAGUCAAAGCCCAUCCUGUCAAAACCUCACUCUCAUGCCCUGUCUGACUUUGCAUCUCAUGAGCUGAUGAAAGACCCGCAGACUUCAUCCCGGAACAGGAGUCAAGAGAUGGAGAUGGAACCUGACUCAAUGGAAUUCAAAUCGGUCACCGAUUCGGUGAAGUCUGUACCGGCGACUAUCACCAUCGUUCGAUGCAGGGUGGAGCCAGAUGGGAAGGAAAGUGCUGAUGGUCAGGGUGAUGGGAACGAGGAAGUGGCAGGACAGGAGGAUAUGAGCAAGGGAAAUGAGGAGAAGACAGGUAUGUCUGGGAACAGGUCAUUUACUAAUCAAACCCACCAGGGUGAUAAAAGUGAAGCGACAGAAGAGGAGAGGACGGAAGCAGCCAGUUUGAAAAUGACACAUACUGGUGCUGGGAGGCAGUUGAGAGCCAACACACUGCAUGCAUGUUUGGUAGACCUCGUUAAAAAAGCUAAUAAUAAUAACAACAGUGUGCUGGAAACUCAGUCCGCCGUCCAAGAGGAUGCUCAAAAGCAGGACAAGUCAAAUCCUCUGUCACACUCACCAACACCACCACCUCCUCCUUCAUCCCCUCUACAUCUAAUAACCGGUCAGUCCCACGGUGGUGGUUGGGAGGUGGAACAAGAGGCUGGUGACAAGAGUUCAUCGGAAGUGACGUCAAAACCGAGCAGCGCUAACAAAGCACGGUUACAUUUAGAGAUCCCAGCCAGUGUUAAUGACGAGGGAGGAGUCGCUGUUAGUUCCACCAGCGAUGAAAUCACCGACAGCACAAACUCAGACAACGUUUUUGAGGACGACGAGAUGAACAGCACUUUAAAAUCUGGCUCGAGUGACAAGCAAGAUGACUGGACUUCGGCCACAAGACCUAAUAGCAGGGCUGAAUCAGACACAGGCACAGACUCAAUCACAAAAGCCAUGGAAUCAUCUGUGACAAAGUCUGAAGAUCAGUCACGGAUCUGUUCUGACAGUGAUUAUUCUCAUACUAUAAAUUCAAUCACAGCAAAGCUUGGAGCUGCAAUGAGUGUCACAACUCCAAUUUAUAAUUGCAGCUCUAGACUUAAAGGUGACACUGCAAAUGAAAGUACUUCAUUGUUAAAACACCUUGUAGAAAAACCCAAAGUUGGUUCCACGUUGCCCAGUCUUGAAGCUAAGGACAGUGUUGCUGGUCCUGGCUUAACUAAACCUGUCCAGGAUCUCGUUAGACGACCUUCCUCUCCAACUCACUUCCUCUUCCAGUCCUGUUCUCCGAGCAUUAUGGGUCGGUUAUCUGCCUCAACACUCAGAGGAAAAAUUCAAAACCUGCCCCUUUAUUUAUCACGAUCCCAAGAAACCCUGAACAAAGUCGGGGCGGCCAACGUGGAGGUCACUAUCAAAGUUACUGAUGUUCAUGAUGUCACACAAACUGUAGACUUUAAAAUGGGACCAACUGCUAAAUCAGUGGAUUCAGACGAUUCGGAUACAACGGUUACAGGAUCAGAAGUGGAGGGAGAAUUUUCUUCAGCGUCGACCGUGGAAAAGAGUUUUCAUGAGGUGAGAGACAUUUGUGCUCCAGUGCCUGUCCAGACCGAGCCCAAACCCCAGCAGCCAAAUCAGCUUCUGUACACGGGCCCAAGCACAAACACACCUGGACCAAUAACGGAGCCUCCAGGUUCCAUAGUGAGCAGCCUCCAAAGGGACACCACAGGCCUAAAGGCAGAUGUCCCUGGGCCUCCAGGCGAUGCUCCAGAAGCAGAAAGGAGCCAUCAGCCAGCUUCUAUUCCUCCUCCGAUAGUUGUGACUACUCAGAGUCUGAAUGGGCCUUUUCAGAACCAGUCACAGAAAGUAAAAUGGAUCAGCAGGGACCGGUCUUUGAUGGAGCAGUAUUCAGACUCAUCAACAGGACUUUCCUCAGGCUGUGAGGUGUUUACCGUCUGUGAGAAUCCAUCCCAGCUGAAGGCUGCCACUCUGCUCAAAUAUGACUACAGCUGCAGCUCUGUACUCGCAUCCGGGUGCGAGUCAGUAGUCGAGGGGGUGCAGGUACCGCUUGAUGCCUGCGGUUGUCCAGCGGUCUAUGCCAACUGUUUUGGUGGAGGCGUUAGCUUCGACGAUGAACUGACUCUUUACGAGUUCUCCUGCCGCACACAGAGCAGCAGUGCGACCCAGACUUCAGGAACAGGUUUUCCCACCGCGACCUCCUCACCCAUGCCCUCCUUCCUGUCCACAUCCACUAGUGACUCUGUCUCCUUCCCACGCUCCAUACUCUUCUCAUCAUCUACCUCUGAGCUCAAUCCUCUGCUGUCGCCACUGUCAGACAGCUCAGACUGUUUUUUAACUCAAGGACAGAACAAGGACAAAGACACCAUCAACAGGCUCCGCAGGCAGCGCUACCCAGAGCCCCCGGCAGGUUUCCAAGUUCUCCGCAUAGACGUGGACCAGCUCCUUUCCAUUCUAGAAAGCAGCGGUGGCGAGAGGCCUUUUGCAGGUCAAGGAGGACGCCACCUGAGAGACACGUGCCCCGCCCACUUCACAGAGAACAAGCGGGUGCUCCAGAUAGAGGCCCGGCGACUGAUGGCAGGCUGCCAGAAGGUGGUGGGGAUCGGACAGAGCUCACAGGAGAUGCUUCACUCCCUGGCAGACAGUUUCCGUACCCUGGUGGAGUUGGCCGGCGUGUGUCUGUGGUUCUCUGGUUGCGACAGGUGCGACCAAAGGAAUGCAGAGGCAGUGGCGGGUCUGGCAGACGUCGCCCGUUCCUUUAGGGACUUCUGUGUGGCAGCAGAACGGGCCAGCAGCAAGCGCUGCUGCCAGGACCUGAGCACCAAGCUGCUGGCCAAGCAGUGCACUGCGCUCACGGCCUCCGUCUUCUGCCUCACUCAGCUGUUCCGCACGCUCACCUCACUCUGAGUGGACACUGCUGUACCCUCAGAUACAUGCCCUAUACCGCUGCAAAAGCUGAGUGAAUGGUCUCAACUGGUGAGGUCCAGGACACUGAGCUCACCUUCAGAGCCAACAUGCCUGUGCUGUUAUCAUGGUGCAUGUGCACGUCCUGCAGCCUUCAACCUAUUCAGCCAACAACUAGGCUGAGUAGUGCGAACUGUGAAGCUGAACCAGAAGCCACUUGCAUUCCAGCGUUGAGCAGCUAAUGUACUUGAAUGUAUUUUCUGUUAUUUAUUAAGAUCUAAGGAGCAGGAAAGGAAUGUACGUAAAGCUUAGGAAAAAAGAACAUCCUAAAAUGUUUACAGGCUUUAGAUGUGAGCCACCUGUUGAUUCAUUCAUCAUUAAUAGAUGUUUAUCAUUAAUUGAUCAACUGGUUGUUUAAACGUGAGAAAGAAAUACUGCAGUUUACUGACAAUUUAUCCAGUGGGGCUUGAACGCUGACCCCUUUGCUUCUGCAUAAAUAUAACCUAAAAUGUUAUCUGAUUAUUCAAAGUGUGUGACUGGAGGUCAAGGUACAGGAGGAGAAAAUCAUUAAGACCUAUGUUCAAGUCACACUUUGGAGGAACGAUGUACUGUAGUAUUUACAGUACAAUAGCUGAAUCAGGUCAUGUCCUUUGUACAGUCUGGUGUUAGCAGCUCUUCAUUCGCUUCAGUUUGUGUUUACCUUCGUGUCUGUGACUGAGGUUAACGUGGACCGAUGGCACAGGGAUGGGACACAAAUACAGGGUCAUACAAAAAAACGGGAACUUUGAACAUUGAACUUGAUUGCCAAAAGUUCCCAUUUUUUUGUGUCACCCUGUACCAAUAAACAUCUGAAGGGUCACGUAGUCUUCCCAUAAGCUAAUAUUCAGCAUUGCAUCAAUUUCACAAAACAUAAAUGAAUCAAAUAAAUGUUUUUCUUAUUUGUUUGAGUGGUGGGGAUGUAACAUAGUUAAGUAGGUGCCUGAGAAACUCUAAUAUUUUAAAAUGACCCCAAUGUUUGGAUGAUUGUCAUUAUACACAGUACAUGUAGCAGAAUGCUGACGACCUGAUAAGGAGCAGGGAUGAGGUAUGGACCUUUACACAUUUAAUUAGGAUGUUCAUCACUUGCUCCCUUGUUUUGCCCAACUCUAGCUCAAGCACUGAACCAGGACAUCUUGAUUUUUUCUAUUUAGCCCACUGUGAGGAAGAAUCCCAGUUUUGGGGUUUUCAAAACGUUGGUAAACGUAAGUUUUCUAGUUUUAUGAAAACUUUCAUAAUCUUAUAUUUCAAUUGUGAAGACUGUUAAGAUCACAGGAAUCUGCACCCUUGUGCGUGAGUUUUGGGGACAGGUCAGCAGGGAGGCCUUUAUGCUCAGAAUGCACUAUCCUUUCCACUAAGUGCAUUAUUACUACAGAUUUCGAAACUAAAGGUGGACUGAAUAUGGACACAGAGCUCAAGAAGUGCAGAAAUGCAGAGUAUCCUAGUAUUUUGUAGCCUCACAUAGAGACAUGUGAGGCUCGGUACAUUCAAAAUAAAACAAAGCUGUGUCUGAGACUGUCUUACAUAGUGGUUAGUUUUGUGGAUAAGUGGCUAAAUUGCAGUAUUUUACUCAGAAUAUUUCUUAUUAAAGACGACUCGAUGGUCAGUGGGCAUGCAUGUUCAUGGGACAAAUUAAAUGUAGCACUAAUACUACUGUACUGGCAGUACUGGGAGCAUUAUACAUUGCUAACUGUUUACCAUUUGUAUUUACAGUGACAGGGGGUACACACUGUUAACCUCGUUGCUGGUUUGUUCCCUGUGGUUGCACGAAUAUUGUUCCUUGCAUUAGAUUCCCAUUACGAGCGAAAUUUGAGAAUGGAUGAUAGAAAAAACCUUUCAUGGGUCGUCAUCUGAGCUCAUGAAGCAUGCUGUACCAAUCCAUACCAUGCAAUGCUGUUCUAUCAGGGAUUUUAUCUGUGUACAACUGGUUAAUGAUGUCUGCUCUCGCUUUGUAAUGCUCAACUCCCACCAUUAAAAUGAAUCUCAAAAUAUUAUGAUGCCUCUAUGAAGCACAUAGGCCUUGACAUGCAAAGUUAAGAUGCCUGGAUGAUCUCAGACAGAAUUAAUCAGUUUGAUUGUAUGGUAGAUCACUGGACUGUUUUGCUUUUACAAGACGAGUAUAUACGAAAUAUAUAUACUCUUCUUGAUUAAUUAGUUAUGUAAUGUUUUUUUUAGUUCAUCCUACAUGUAAAUAUGUGUGAUGUCGCUGUGUUGGUGGACGGGGGGCUUGAAACCAAGCAAAAUAAAUAAGUAGGGAUGUA